AUGCCUCGUCAUUCAAAACAUUCAUGUUCUAAUAGUGGAAAAUUUAGUAAUUAUGAAAGAGGUUUAUUGCAAUAUGGAACAAAGAAAGAAAGAUUAGGAAAAGACUCAAUAAAGAAUUUUGACAGUUGUUCAUUGUGUUUAAAUGAUGUUAGAAUUCCGAUGGCAUGUAAUAAAGGUCACUUGUAUUGUAAAGAGUGUAUUUUAACAUCGUUCAUUGAUCAAAAGAAAGAGCUUAAAAGAAAAGAAAAAGAAUGGGAACAACAACAAAAGAAAAUAAAGGAAGAAAAUGAUAUUAAAAAUGAAAAAGAAGAAAAAGAAAAAAUAAAGGAAUUUGAAAAAAGUUUACAUUCACUAGAAAAAGUUGGUUCUGAAGAAAAUAAUAAUAAAAUAACAACUACAACUACAACAACUACAACAACCUCAACAUCAAUGUCAACACCAAAUAUACAGAUUAAUAAAGAUAAAGAUAAUAAAGAUAAUAAAGUUCAAGAGUCUGAAGUAAAACUAAAUAGCUUUUGGAUUCCAGGUGUAGGACCCGAAAGUAAAGAAAAAGCAAUUGAAAAGCCAAAAAAUUUUACAGUUUGUCCAGAAGGUAAUCAUCCUUUAAAGUCCAAGCAACUAAUUACCGUUAAUUUUAGCACAAUAAAGGGAUCAGAUAAUAGCGAUUCAAAUAAAUACUGUUGCCCUAUUUGUCAAAAGACUCUUACCAACUCAACCAAACAUAUUAGACUAUUAAAAAGAUGUGGUCAUGUAUUUUGCUCAUGUUUCGAUCAAUUUAAAAAUGAAGCAUGCUACAUUUGUGAAAAGCCUUAUUCUCCCGAAGAUAUCAUUUCACUUCAAAGAGGUGGAACCGGCUUUUCAAGUAACAACUCAUUAGAGGCUCAAAAAUAUACUCCAACUGCUGUAAUUUAA